UCCCGGGAACAUGGAGCGGAUGCGUGGGAGUCGACGGGCGGAAGAUAAACACAGUGGUCUUUAUGGAGAUGGAAAUAAGAGAGUUGAAAGUGGCUCAGUCAUUGCGUUACCACUCGAUGAUGUCAGGAAAAAUUCACCGAUUAAUAUAUUAAAGAGGAGCAUACGUCGCGCUUGGACGAUCAAUGGACCACCGGGCAGAUGGACUAUUUCCCGAAAAUCCCCAGCCUUCAGACUUUAUCGAAGUCUCCCCUUGAGCAGAAACAAUCGCACAAGUGGCGGGGGUAAAAUAGAAAAUGCUGAGUCCCUGAAGACUGAAAUUGAGCGUAAGGUGUUGUCCCUUAAAACAGAAUCACUGAACUUGAGAAAUAAAUCGAAUCCUGAUGGAAACGAAGACGAUAGUGCCCCAGCUCGUGGUACUCUAGCGAAACCGACAGGGAAGAAUUUACAGAAAUUCAUCCCUGAAUCGAAAGCCUCGCCGAAAUAUGGCGAGAGAAAAUCGAAUAUACCGAUUUAUCGAAGAAAUUCAAGGGAGUUUGAGGACAUUGGGAGUCCCAGAGAGUCACCGAGACGUUCGCUCAUUCCCCAGAGGUACAGAGGGAGUACUGACGACCUGAGGAGGUACAGGGAGGAGGGGAAUAUCCCCAGUCUCAUUCCAAAACUCUCGCAAAAAUCUAAGGAGGAGAAAGCCCUGAAGCGAGAAAAAUUCGAGGCAAAAUCAAGUCCGAAUAUAAGAAGAGAAUUAAGGGAGAGGGAAGACUCCCGUCUGAGAUAUUCUCCGACGAAUUUCCGAAGGACUCCGAAGAGUGAAGAGAAUUUACUGCUGCUUAAACCACAACCAGAACCUAGAGAAGAUCAAGAUCAGGGAAAUCUGAAACAAGAAAUUGUGGGAGAGAUAAAACAGGGGGAUUUUGAACUUGAGGAGAAAUUUGUUGAGGGCAGGAGUGCUUCUGAAACUUCGAGGAUGGCAAAUGAGAAGAUUGUUAUUGACGAGUGCCAUGAUGUCAAGGAUGCCGCGAACGACGAGAAACACGUCUCUGGGGACUCUUCGGAGGACAGGGACUCUGGGGAGGGAGAGAAGUCUUCAGGGGAUGUGAUGGACACGUCGAAUACUUCUACUGCUAGUGAUACCGAGACUCAAGGGGCGAACAUUGAGGAUAUUAAAAAUGUGCCUGAUGCCAAUCUGUUUAAGAAGAGUGAGGAAAUACAAGUGAUUCGCAGAAAGUAUUCAAAGGAAGAGUUUUCCAACACUGAUGACACAGACGAUGCGCCAAAUCGUCGCUCCUCCAGCCAUCUGUCACCGGAAGCCAGCCCCCUCAGCACUCGUUCAUCCAGGUACAGUCCACGUGAAAGCGAGAGUGAACCAACGCCUGCAUUACCACGAAAAACCCAGAGUGGCGAGUCAUCUAUAUCAUCGCAGAGAAUAAGAGACGCUAUUACGAGAACAAGAAGAGAGUCUAAUAGUAGUACGCGGUAUGAGAGCAGUGGUAGUGAGAGCAUAAGAUUAAGUGAAUCCGGAUUACAUGGUUACGUAGACCUCGCCCGCAAAGUCCGAUUAUUCGACAGCAGUCAUUGCUGUCCAGGGGCAUCCAUUGAUGAGCCAAUUCAAAGGGACAGUGCCACAAGUGCGGGAGAAGACGAGCCACACGAGGACUUCCUAUCCCGUGAUCCGGGCAGACUGACUGGAACAUCCACCCAGGGAAGAACAAUACUCCGUAGACGGAGACAAUUCGACGCUCAAGGUUCCCGUAGACGAGGGAGAUCGCACGCCAGAACCUGCUGCAGUGAGGAAUUCUCGAGCCUCCAGGCAGGACGUCAAUGCAGUCCGUCCCAGGGGCAGAUUCAAACACAUGGACAGGAUCAGCUCAAUCCCGAUUAUCGACGUUUAGUGUUUAUCAGUUCGGACUCGUCGUCGGGGAGGGAGGAGGAUGACGCUGAUAGCAGUUGCUCUGGCUCGUCUUACUUGAAUGGCUUGCCGAGGGGCAGUCAUGCACAGGGACUCGAGGAUUGCGACUGGGAUUACUUUGAGAGUGGCACUUUACCUCUGCCAACUAGUUUGAGUGAUGGUAUUAAUAUUGACGGGAUUACCAACGUCAGUGGAAAUACCAGGGGUAUCAUUAGAGACUGGAGCUGCUGCCCUGGGAGAGGAUCUGCUGCUUGCUCGGCUUGCGGAGGUUCCACAAGUGCGAACGUUCUCCCGGUGCCAGUCCCGAUCCCCGUCCCUGUGCCCUACCCCGUCCCGAUCCCCGCGGCCCUCUGGAACGGCGAUUUCGCAGCAGCCGCCUCAUCAAUGAUCACCGGAAAUGCAACCCCGGAGGGAACUCUGCGUCUCCGGGGUGACCCGACAGCGCCCUGGUUCUCCUGGCACCCAAGGUUCACCCACCCCCUCGAUGGUGCCGUUCAACGAGGCUCGCGAAUCCCCAGCGGAGGCUUCGACCCCUCGAUCUUCACCUUCAGACCCGACGGCCUGUCCCUAGGUCAAUUCGAGAACAUCAGGCAGGGGAGCCUGACCGAAGCAGCCGCCUCCAAAGAAGAAAGAACCGAUGAAAAAUCAAGCGUCAAUAAAAAUCAACUGUCUGACAGCCAGUCUCCAUUCAAAGAUCAGAGCUCUACUAAAUCCGACUCACCGCAGGGUCUCUCUGAGGCUUGUAAAUCAGAGAAUCACGAGUCAGAGGACCCAUUCGUCCCCGAGAAAGAAAAGGGAGAAGACCCCGAAGACAAAGAAUCGAGAAAAGGCUUCCGCCUCUCCCACGACGACUCCGGCAGUUCCUCAGGGCGAUCCUCAGCGGACAGCAGUGAUCUCGACGAAUCCGCGUCCCACCACUUCUCCCGAGUCUUCGUGGUAAACGACGACUCCCUGACAAGCGACAAUGACAUGGAGGAGAUCGACGAGAACGACGAGGCAGAGAGCCAAGACCAAGAAUCCGGUAUGACCCUGAAACGAGUGGUUCCCCUGUCAGACGAGGAGCAAUCGGUGGUUCUGCGUAGAAUAAGACUCAUCGAUAAAGACUUGGACUGUGAAAAGACGUCGGGCGAUUCAGAGACGUCGGGCGAGUGGAUAACGUCCAGAGAUCUAGAUCAUGACGAUAAAAACCCCCCGAGAAACGACGGUGAAAUAUACCUCGCGGACUCGAUCGAUUACUCAGAUAGCAAUCACGUUCAGCUGAGAUCGAUUAGAAACAUAAACCCCGAGUUAUUGCAACCAGCAGUGUAUUCCCUGAACAGCAAUCAGAGCAGCGAGAGUGUUAAAUCGAGUUUAAUUAAACCAGAAGAUCAACCGGAAGAGAAAUCCUGGGAUUCUACAGUCAUGCCAGACUCUCUAGAAGUGGCAAACACGAGCCUAAUUCAUUCACACUGUUCGCUCGACGCAGCCCCGAUAACCCACGAUAAUUUAUCAACACCAAGUGACAAGGUAUCAGCGACCACCUGCAAAUCCCAGGGGCCUGAGGCCUGUUCCAAAGAAUCUAAAUUAAAUUCAAGCACUGAGAGCAGUGAAACCAACACCAGUGAAUUCAGCAGCGACGAGUUGCAUGAGUACGAUGUUACGAGCUAUGUGAAGUCACCAGAACGUUUCGUGGAAAAAUUAUUGAACAAAGGUGCCAGAACACCUGAUGAAUUCGUGCACAAGGCAACACCAUUUCCAAAACGCUCUAGACGAAUGCCCAAUAGUGAAGCACUGGGUCCAACUGAAGACCCCAAAGCCCCCGAAAACUUCACUGAGGAGAAACUCGUUACUAAUGAAUCAGAGAUAAUUGAGAGUGGUGUAUUGACUCGUAAUGAUGAGUCCAGAGAUACGGAAUUAAAUUUAAACGACGAUUACGUGAAGCCACUAGAAUUGGUGCACAAGACAACACCAUUUUCAAAACGCCCCGGACGAAUGCCCGAUAAUGAAGCCCUUGAAAAUUUCACUGAGGAGAAACUCGUCCCUAAUGAAUCAGGGAUAAUUGAGAGUGGUGUAUCGACUCGUAAUAAUGAGUCAAAAGGCUCGGAAUUAAAUUUAAGCGACGAGUUUCACGACUGCGAUGUUACGAGCUACGUGAAGCCAGCAGAACGUUUCGUGGAAAAAUUGUUGAACAAAGGUGCCAGAGCACCUGAUGAAUUCGUGCACAAGACAACACCAUUUCCAAAAUACCCUAGACGAAUGCCCAGUAAUGAAGCUCUGGGUUCACCUGAAGACCCCAAAGCCCUUGAACAUUUCACUGAGGAGAAACUCGUCCCUAAUGAAUCAGGGAUAAUUGAGAGUGGUGUAUCGACUCGUAAUGAUGACUCGAGAGAUACGGAAUUAAACUUGUCGUGUGAGUCGGACAUGCGUGAGGGUAACGUUACAGUGAGAGGCGAGAAAACCGAUGGUGUACAGGUGGGAGAUAGCGAGGACGUUGAUUGCGAGUGUAGUAGUAGUAGUGGGGAAAGAACGGCGGAGCGGGGUAAGUCACGGUAUCGUUCAGUCGAGCGACGCCCGCCCACUCGUAAAGAGAAUGGAGAAUUUUCACCGACAUUUACAUCGUCCUCACACCAGCCCGUUAAAACGACUAAUUUUGGUUCCUGCAAUAAGUACAAGAGUCUCGUUAUGAUAACACAGGGUACGUAUCAGCCAGUCAGUGUUAUAACUAGUGACACAACGACACUGCUGGAGCCCGAUGAUACGCAGACGCCCCAGGGAUUGGCUGGCUACUACCAUCUGGCGUUGGAGGCUGUCACAGACACACCGAGAAGUGGACAGGGGCCUAGACGCCCCUUGAUGGUUAAGAGACUGUGUGCAAAUACUCAGGAGCAGGAGAUCGACAGUGGACUGAGUGUGGGGAGUGCUAGUGAGAGCGACGAUGUGCAAUCUGUUAAGAAUACGUUGAAUUUUAAUGUUAAGAACGAUAAUGAGGAGAAAGAGAAAACGGAAAAUUCCGGGAAUAGGGGUGUGAAUAGUUCCAGUGGGGUUGUUAUACUCGAGGAGGGACUGGCUGAUGAUGACUCUUGGGUGGAGGAGGUGUCACACGACGAGGAUGAGCAGAGUGCAACAGCCACUGAGGAGAGCUCUGAGGACGAGUGCAAUAAUCUUGGGGACAGGGAGGAGGAGUUGAGGGGGUAUCAUCGACAGGCCAUUGACUUCACACUUCACACGAUUGUCGAGGAGUCGUGUGAGGAGAGUGAGGCUGAACCGAGCUUGGGCUCGGGGAAUUUCAGGAAAAGACAGAGGCCACCUUCCACCUCGGAAUUGGAGAAGUACUUUUUCUUCGGUCUCGGUGGUGACGUCAGUUCUGGCGGUUGUAAUUCAGGAAGAGAGGUGGACAGUCUCUCUGAGACAUCAUCGAUUUAUUCCGAAGGUCUUGAGUCACUGGGACAGGAUGAGGUCAAAGAGAAGGGAAGUGAUUUUUCGAAUUCAUCGAGAUUGGAGAAGUAUUUUCUAUCGGAGUUUCUGGGCUUCGAUCAGGACAGGAGGGACUCUGAUGGGUCAGUGGGGAGUGACUCUGAGGGGCGACCCAGUCCUGAGGCGCAGAGGAGAAAGCGAUUGGUGAGAGCAAGGGGCACUGGCAGAUCUCACAGUUCAUCUUUAGACAAUUUGCUAGCUCUCACCCAGAGCUCGCAGAAUUUAACCUCGCAGAAUUCACUUCAGGACUUGAGUAUGAAUCAGGACUCCCAGGAGACGCAGUCCGAGGGGUCGUCCACUGAGACCGAUGGGGCUGAGGACGCUCAGACCCCGGUUUUCGGGACUGACGGACAAUUCGACACGGUGAAACGAAAGAAGAAGAAACCGAGGACUUUGGGAACUCAGAGCCCACGAGUCGUCGAAGACAGGAGCAAUAAGAGUCCCGAGCCACGUGAAUCAUCGUUUGCAAAGUCCUCUGAAACCCUCACCAACGAUUUGGAACAGCUGAUACACUCCGACGACGAGAGAUCGAAAACACCUCAACCAGAGCUCAACAGUUUCCCUUCCUCCUCCACGUCCACUUCAUCGUCAUCGUCGAGUCCAGACAGUGAAUCCAAUUUUGGUGACACUCGAGGCAAGCAGCAGUCGAGGGACUCUGGCUUCGUUGGAAGUUGCGAUGAUCUCCUGCAGCACCGAAAGUCCCCCACAGACCCCAAAUUUGAUGGAUCCAAGGACUCCACGAGUCAAACCAAGAAGGAAUCAGGGGCAAAGGCUGAUUUAUCCCAAGCACAGAAUGGUCUUCCCCCCACUGGCAACCCCUCACUGUCUCGAAAGGACAGCUUCAACAACUGGUCCAGCGACGAGGAGACAAACCUCAUGAUGUCGAAGAUGCGCCAGUUCUUCAAAACAAUGGUAGCCAACUCAAACGUCCAGCCAGCGACCCCUGCGAGCAAUUCUACUGGCCCCUCCCCAGUGCCAAGUCCCAGAUUAUCAGGCUGCCCAUCCUCAAAGUCGAGAAUGUGCCCCCAGAACCGAACGAAGCCACCGCAGCUAGUUUACUUCGAGAACGAGUUAACGAGACUGAUGAAAACAGUUCCAGGGAUCAGAGACGAACAAGUGAGGGAGAUUGUCGAGUACCUGAGCUCCGAGGACACCUGGUCGGACUCCUACGACAGCUCAGACUACACGAGCUCCGAUUUGGAAGGGGCAAGUGGCAGAAGAUCCGCUCUCCAGGAGCAAAUAUCCCAGAGUUGUCAGCAGAUAAUCUCCAAAUUCGACAUGACCUCAGACACCCCCGAGAAGGCGAAAGAGUCCUCGGAGAACCCCCUGAAGCCGCAGUCGUCGGUGGGUCGAGACACAGCCUUCGUCUACCAGAAGCUCGUGCAGAGCUUCACGAAGAUGACGGGUGACGGUGUGUCGUCGGACGCCUCGUCGACCCCUCACAGCAGUCCCCCCCUGAUCGCCAAGGUGAUGCACCACAUCGGCUCACGACUGGUGGCGCUGAUGCACGAGGUCUCCGAGGGCACGUCGACAGUCCAACCCCAUCCGAAUUGGCGUCGCUACUCCCAGCACCACAGAACCCCCUCAUCCGCGUCGACAACCGAGGACGACGAGUCGACGUCUGACUCGACAGUCCCCAGUCACUUUCAACUGCCAAGAUCAAAGUCCCACGAUCCUCUGCUGCUGAUAAACGGGCAUCCGACAGCAGCGACCGGGCAGGAGGGCGAGGAGAGGGAGGCGAGUGAUUACGAGAGGUUCUCAUGGCGUGGCAGCUUUGAGUCAGCCCUGAUGGCUGCUGAUUCGAGAACAAAAUUGAGUCUCCUCGCUUGUUCUGGGGAUGUCAAUGCCAGUGCGAGUGCAAGUGCUUUGGCAAUGGCUGCUAAGAGAAGAAGUGCUGGGGAUCUGCUGUUCAAUCCCAAGAGUUUCUCGAGGGAACAAUUGGACAGGGUGAGAAGUUGUGGGUCCAUUGGUGGGGGCAAUGGCAUCGGUGGGGGCGUGAGUGUUGGGGGCUCCAUCGAGGAGAAGAUCUGGAGCAAUAGGAGAUCUUCAGUGCCUGACGCCAAUACCAGAGGGGAGUCUGGGGCCUCUGCUGGGGACGAGGACACUGAGGACGAGCUGGAGUACACGGGGGACCCCAGGGCCACUACUCUGCCCAGGGGAAUGCAGGUGACCACCAGUGGCAAUGCUGCCACCAACUCGUUACCGAGGCUGCCAGCCUCCAGUGCAACUGGUGGGGCCAGCAUGAUGGCUAAUACGGCCAUGCACAAGGCACACAGCAUGUAUCAUUUUCUGCCACAACACACGAAUGUCAAGUCUGCGAGGUACAGACCCCCGGGCUUUGCCAGGAAUUCGUUGAGCAAUUCGGCUGCUGGCGCUGGGACCGUUGGACCGAAGCGGGCGUUCAGCGCCCCGGGACUGCAGAUACCAGGGUCACAGGCUGCUGGAAAGAGAGAGUCUUCUAGGUCGCGCAGACAACAAGCCAUUUCGCUCGCGCCAGACGAUGGAAGUAGUUUGUCUGAAGCGUGUAGCACGCCAAUAAUAGGUGCAAGCCCGAGGUCAGGCUCCAGUCGCACAGUCAUGGAUAUUGAUGACACGGAACGUGGAGGCCUACACUCGGCACAUCAUUUGAAUACACGAGCAUCAUUAUCUAGCCUUGGGGCGAGAUCUGACUCAAUGGCAUCAGUGUACAGCGGCGCUGGUGAAGGCAGAUGGUGUGGAUCAGUGGCAGUUCGUGGUGAAGUUGAAUUCUCCCUCCAAUACGAUUACAAACAGCUAACAUUCGAAGUCCACGUCAGCCAGUGCAGAGAUCUAGCGCCAGUUGACAUAAAGAGAAAUCGUUCAGACCCUUACGUGAAAGUUUACCUUCUCCCUGAUAAGUCAAAGGGUGGAAAGCGAAAAACGAAAGUGAAGAAACACACGUUGAAUCCGGUCUUCGAUGAGACACUAAAAUUCCAUAUUGGGUUGAAUGGAUUGGAGACUAGAACACUAUGGCUGACAGUCUGGCACUCAGACAUGUUUGGCAGGAAUGAUUUCCUCGGUGAAGUGAGAAUGCCUCUUGAGAAUAAAAUAUUUGACGAUCCAACACCGAGGUGGUAUCCACUUCAGGAGAGAACUGAGCCAUUUGACGAUCCUAUAGCCUACAAGGGCGAGGUUAUUGUGGGCCUCAAAUUUGUGCCACCAGAUCCAGCGCAAUUACAGGAGAGGGAGAAUAUUGCUGGCGAGAAGAGCCUUGUGAAGGGAAAGAAAAACUGGAGCCGAGGGGGACUUCAUGUGCUCGUUAAAGAGGCUCGUAAUCUUCAAACCCGAGCUAAAAAUUCAGGCACAUGUGACCCCUUCUGCAAGAGCUAUUUGUUACCAGACAAAGGCAGGUCGGGCAAGCAAAAGACUGGGGUCGUUAGGCGAUCCAAUGGCUCGCCAGUUUGGGGUCACACUUUUGUUUACAAAGAUGUUAGUAUUCAGGAGUUAGCUGAACGUGGACUCGAACUGACUGUUUGGGAUCAUGAUCGUAUUGCGAGUAAUGAGUUCCUGGGAGGUGUUAGAUUCAAUCUGGGAACUGGUAAACAUUAUGGGAAACCAGUGGACUGGAUGGAUGCGACUGGACGGGAGCUCUCACUCUGGCAGAGUAUGCUGGAACGACCAAACUUCUGGGUUGAGGGUGCAGUCACCCUGAGACCCAAUUUACACAAUCAUGGAAAGAGCACUGUCUCUUGAAUCUUUCAUUUCUCAUCUCCCAAGAUGAAUAAAUUUGGCCAAAAGUACUUUAUAAAUCCGUCCCUCCAACCGGGAGUUCGCUCCAAGGUUGAGAGAUAUUAAUGUGGACGAUUUCCUCCCUUUGCAAGGAAAGCAUGCUUCCAUUUUUUGUAUGAUAUCAAAGGAUAAAUGAAUGAUUUAGUUCACUUUAUCAGCAUUAUAUUCAACAUUCCAUGUUAGGGAUAAUUGAAAUCGUGUAUUGGGGGUAAUUUUAAUAUCUCUAAUUUGAUGAAUUUGUGUACUUAUAAAUAGAUAAUAUAUUUAUACUUAAUAUGCGUUACAUAUAAAAAUUAUACACAUUGAAAACUAUUACUGUAUUACCAAGAUACUACGAUUAUGGUAGAAAAGUGGGUAAUUAAAAUUCCAUAAUUUGUGAUUGAAAGGCAUGAUUUGUAGUGUAAUUUUAUAAAUCGAGAGGUUUUCCUCUCUGCGAACUGUGUGCAGUUAUUGAAGUGAAAAUUUUUGAAAGUACUCAAGGCAAGACAGGGUUAAUCUGAAAAAUAUUACCUACGAAUUAAUGCCAAUUCCAUUAAUGAUAAGAAAUUAUACAUUUAAUAUUUGUAGGAAAUUAUUGUGCUAAAAUUGGACCAAUUAUCUCAGGAUAUUUACAUACAAAUUUGAUAAAUGGACUUUGUACGUAUGAGCAUUGUAUCAAUUGUUACCAACCAAUUCUUCUCGUAUAUAUUCUUCCGUAGGAAAUUAAAUCAGUUCGAUUGUACGGAAUAAUCAUUGGAAUGGAUUUGUUAAUAUCUAGUGCAUUUACCAGUGUAACUGGAGUACGAAUAAAAUCAACUUUUAUA